CUGGCCUGAGGUGGUUGAUCGGCAUAGCUCGAGAUCAAGCAGAUAUAGAUGUCGCACAUAUGCUGUUGGCCCACAGCAGCUCAGCUCUCAAGUAGAGUUUCCCCCUUACACAGUCAUCAGUAAAGCGACUAAGUAUGAUCUGCGCUUCUUUGAUGUGUACUCGGUGGUUCGGAUGCCCUAUGAGCGAAGGGAUGAAGGAUACCUCGGACUGGGGGCCUAUUUCGAUGGAGCCAAUGUACAGGGCCUGCGGUUGAGACAAACGCAGCCUGUGGUCAUGCGGUUCAAUCCCAAGGUUACCAAAACGAUGGAGCUGUACGUCGGGUCUCGACAAGAUGGGGAGUCUCUUGAAGCGCCGCCGCAGCCCAAGGACGGCAGACUGAGUCUGGAAGUAGCUGGCGGUGAGGUGGCAGCCGUGCUCAGAUUUGAGGGAAGCGCCACAAGAGAAGCAACUCUCAGGGCAGUCGCUCAGCUGAAGGACAUUCUUGCGUCAGAUGGUCUGAUGUUAGCGGGUGAGGAGGCGGCUGGAGCAUUCAGACUUGCGCAGUAUGGACCAUUGAACUCGCUCAGCACCCGUGUGAAUGAAGUUCUGCUCAGAGUGCAGUUGUGACAGGCAACGCAGUGGGCACUGGAAUUAGCUAAGAUUCACUUGCAAAAGAGCAUGUAAUAGUAUGUAUUCCAUC